AUGCAUCAUUAUAAAGAUAUCCAAACUCUUUUAGAAGAUUUAAGUAUCGAUAAUUUCUCAUAUACAAUUAAUAACCUACUAGAUCCUAAAAACAAUCUAUCAAGGGCGCAUUUAUUGUUUAUAGCUAGAGAUAUUUUAAUUCUUAUCAAAAAACGAGACAAAAUAAUACAUCUUUAUGCACAAAUUAUAAAAUAUAUUGAUGAAUCGAUAAAAGAUACAAGUGGUUUAUUAAAAACUGCUAUUUUUGAAGGAAUUCAAAUUGAAUCUCAAGAAGAAAAACCUCAUGCUGCAGCAUUUAAACUUCCAUGUGUGUUAUAUGGUCUUAAUAUGUAUGAUUACAAUAAGAUAAUAUCUUUACUCAAAUUCCCAAAGAUUUCAAAAGUCAAUUACUUAAUUUUAUUCUCCUUUUUUGCUUCACACAUCAAAAGAUACCAUUACUUUGAAUUUUUAUACAAAAUUGAUCCUCAAUAUCAAAAAGAUCAAAUUUUUAAUCAUCUUUUGAACAAAGAAUUUGAAAUUGUUAACAAUUACACUUCGUAUGGAUGCAUGCCAGACACUUUACAGUAUAUUUUAAAGUAUGAUAUCGUCGAAAAAUUACAAAUGCAAAAUAAUUUUGAUUUAAACAAAGAUUUAGAAAUUUCUUACUUUGAAACAUCUGACAUUCAAGAAUCUUCUCUUGAUUCUUUGAAAUAUGCUGCUUUCUUUGGUUCUGUGAAUUGUUAUAAUUAUUUAUCAAAAAUUUUACCUAAAAAACAAUCAUCAGAAACCAACAAUUGGAUAGAAUCACAUAACAUUGAUUAUUAUGCGAUUGGAGGAGGAAAUUAUGAAAUUAUCAAAUCAAUUCCUUCAGAAACGUUAAACAUCAUUGAUAUUCUUCCAAUUGCUGCUUCUUCUAGAAGAUUCAGUAUAUUUGAAUGGUUAUUUCAAAACAAUUUUGAACCUUCGCAAUUAUUCAAAACAUUAUGUGCAGCAACAGAGGCAAACAACAUCAAAGUUGUUGAAAUGAUUAUAAAUAAGUAUGAUAUGCCUUCUUUUGGCGAAAAUUCGGAAAAUCCGAUUGAAAUUGGAAUUAAAUCUGAAAGUGUUGAAUGUGUAAAGCUUCUUUUAGAGAAAGGAAUUAAAUAUGAUCCUUACUGUCUUCACAUGGCUAUUUCAAAAGGUUUAGAUGAUAUUUCCUUAUUUAUUCUCAAUUCAGGAAAUUCAAAUCCUUCAUUAAAAGAUAAAAGCGGAAGAAACGCUACUGAAAUUGCUGCUGAAUCAUGUUCAUAUCAAUUAGCUGCUGCUCUUGUUCCUUAUGGAAAUAUUACGACAAAAGUAUUGGAUAUAGCUGCAGAACAUAAUAAUUAUGAUUUUCUUUCUGUGUUUAUGAAUAAUGCAGAUAGUGAAAUUCCGAAUUAUCUUAAAUCUCAUGAGAAAAAACCAAAAUUUACAGGAUUAUUUAUAUUUGUUAUUUGUUCUAUUAUAUUCAUUGUCAUAUGGGUAUAUUUGUUUAAUAGAUUUGCCUAG